AUGGAUAAAAUGUUUGCAAGAUUUGAAGGUAGAAAAAGUUUGAAAAAAACCAAGAAUGUUGAUGUACAUGAUGAUAAGGUUGAAUGUGGUCAUGAUAGAGACAAUAUUAAGUAUGUUGAAGUUGUUGAUAGUGAUGAUGAGGAGUUAGUUAGUGAAGAAUUUGAUGAAAGUGAUAAAAUGUAUGAUGAUAUAGGUAGUAUGCAUGAAAGUAGUGGUAAUUUGCAUGAUCAUGGUGAGGAUAAUGUUGAUGGAGAUGACCCUAUUAUUAUUCCCCACUUGAAUCAACAAUUUUCUAAUUUACAAGCCGGGGAGAAUAUGUUUAGGGCGUAUGCUUUAAAGAAUGGUUUUGCAAUUAAGAUACAAAACACACAGAAGCGUGCCAAAGAUAAAUCCAUAUAUGGUCGAUUGUAUGUUUGUAAUUUAGCGGGAGAAACUCGUGGGAAAAACCCCGUUGAUGACGAUGAAAUUUUGAUUGGUAGUCUUGGUAGUGUUAAGGGCAAACGGCGUAGAGAUGUGCUUCCUAGGAGUGGUUGCAAAGUUAGAAUGUACUUGGUUAAUAAGAAAAAAACAAGUCAUUGGGAGAUAACCGGUUUGGAAUUAGAACACAAUCACCAAGUUGUUAUCCCUUCUAAGAUGAGUUUGAUAAGACGGGAGAAACGUGUUAGCGCGGCACAAAAAAAUUUGAUCAAGAGCUUACAUGUUUCGGGUGUCCAACCAAGACAACAAAUGAAUAUAUUUGGUAAAAUGCACGGAGGAGCGGAACAAGUAGGUUUUAACAGCCAAAAUUUAAGAAAUGUCGUACGUGAUUUUAGGAAGGACAACAUGGGAGUUAAUGAUGCUCAAGCCGGUUUGGAUUUGUUGUACCGUUUGCAAGAAGAGAGCGGCGGUAAGUUUUUCAUCAAGACUCUCCUCGAUGACGAACAAAGAUUGAAGUGUCUUGUAUGGGUCGAUCCCCGCUCUUUGAUGGCCUACAAAAACUUCGGUGAUGUGGUUGCGUUUGACACUACAUAUCGAACUAAUAGGUAUGCUAUGCCGUUUGUGCCUUUCACCGGAGUCAACCAUCACUAUCAAUCAAUACUUUUUGGUUUUGCACUCGUUCGGGAUGAAUUGAAGACAACUUUUGAGUGA